AUGUCAAAUCCUUACCACAUCGCAGCGCCUAUGCCAUCUUAUCUGUAUCCAACAGUACCUACAGUUGGGCCCUUGAAUCAUAGGUCAUGCAAACUCUUGGUUCGCCAGCACCCUAAACACGGCCUUGUAACUGUUCAGGGGAAAGAGAAGUCCAGGAAGCCUCUAGACCCACCACCAAUGUUCCAGCUUCAGGUCAACUCUCAUGAGGAUCCAGGCCAACAAUACCUUCAAAACCCUUACAUUUUUGGCUCAAUAUCUCUCUGGACCAGUGACAAGAAGGGGCCUGUUCAGACAUCUACAAUGAAGUCACUAACAGGUACACUGGUUUCUUCUCUUCAUCGUCUUAAAGACCCAAUCAAAAAUGAAGAGGGCGCCUACUUCAUCUUCGGCGAUAUAUCUGUCAAGAUCGUAGGCAAGUUUAGGCUCUGCAUGACCCUCUACGAGGUAGCACCAGAGCCUAUGUACGAUACAGGAUCAGCAGUCCAAAAUCUCGGCUUUAUCUUGACAGAUCCCUUCGAGGUCACGGCCUCUAAAGACUUCAAGGGCCUUGAGGAAUCCACUCACCUUUCAAGGUCCUUUUCCGACCAAGGUGUGCGUCUCCGCCUGCGCAAGGAAAAGGGCGGUAUGCUGAGCACUAAGCGCCGGCAUGAUGAUGACGAACCGGUCGAUCCAUCAUCCACCGCCCCUCAAAUGUCGGAAUUUGACUAUCCGCCGCAGAAGCGGAUGCGCACUGAGCUCUACGACAGCCCAGUUACGCCCGACAUCCAGCCCAACAUCCAGGGACCUCUUCAGACUGCCAUGCCCCUGCAGCAAAUGGUCCUGCCGCGAGAUACGAUGCCGCAACCGUAUUCCCAAUCACAACCCCAUCCACACUACCAACCACAGCACCAUCUGCAGCACCAUCCACAACAGCAACUGCACCCACAGCAGCAACUACAUCCACAGCAGCAACUACAUCCACAGCAGCAACUACAUCCACAGCAGCAAUUACAUCCACAGCAGCAAUUACAUCCACAGCAGCAACCACAGCAUCCGCAACAUACACAGCCACAGCAGCCACAGCAUCCACAGCAUCCACAACAGACCUACCCUCAUCAGAUAGGCGACCAGUGGACGUGGCCACCGACAGGGCCGACAGAUUACCCCGAUAUAAACGCAUGGCAAUCAUAA